AUGGAUGAGCAAUAUAAUGGUAAUGAUCGAAAAGUGGAUAUUCUCUUACACAAAAGAUUCAUGCAUACAGUGAAAGGCUUUUUAGAGCCACAAAGUACAAAGGAAAGUAAUAAAGGUGGAACAAUUACGGUUGGAAUAACUGGAGAGGGUACCCCAAAUGGAAUCACAAGCAACAUGUUUGAACUUAUUAGAAAGGAGGAGACUGCAUUUGUAGAUUUUGGUGUAGUAGUCCAUUCAGGGUCUCUUGUGGGUGGUAAUGUUCAUAUAGGAUCAGGAGCUAUAAUUGGGCCCAAUGUCACAAUUGGUCAAUCCACAAAAAUUGGGUAUAAUGUUGCAAUUGCUAAUUACACGAUUGGUGAUUCAUGUGUCAUCCAUCAUGGAGUCUACAUUGCUCAAUUUUUUAUUUUUCUAAAUAUUCAAACUUUGAAAGCUCUCAGAGGGAAUACUGUUGAGAUUGGUGCAAAUUCAUGCAUUGAUAGAGGCAGUUGA